UCUGUUAUUUGGCAGCAGUUUCUUUCACUGGCUGCCAAAAAUAGGAAGACAUCCUUGAUGUUACAUACUGUGCAAUAGGGAAAUUCAGCUUGGCUUUGUGAAAUCCUGACAUUACAGUACAAUGAAUUUAAUUGGCUCUUUGCUGACAAUAUGCAAAAAAAGGGGGAUGUGACAAACAUUGAAAGCAGGCUCAGGGCAAGUUUAACAAUUGAUAUCUGAGUGUCAACACACAGAGCUAUUCUCUUCUCAAAACCAAACUACUGAAGCAGAGUGUUGUACAGGGCAGAGCAUAUGGAGACCGACAGCAGAGAAUCACUGCAGGCAGACUUUGAUGCAUUUAGCAUUUCUGAGAAGCUUGGGUUUAUCCUUGAAAAACCAUUGACUAGUCUUCCAGAAUAUUAUCGGGUAUGGCUGGACCUGGCAAAUAAUCUCACACAUCUGAUAGAAUCACGUAAACUACGGGAUCUGGUUCAUGAGAUGCCGGUUUUGAGUCCCCAUCUCUUGAGUGAGCAUCGGGAGCUCAGGCUGGCUCACUUAGCACUGGGAUUCAUCAGCAUGGGAUAUGUAUGGCAGGAAGGACAACAAGCACCUGCUCAGAUGCUCCCAAAAGCUCUGGCUUUGCCCUUUUGGCUAGUGUCUCUCAGGCUUGGCCUUCCACCCAUCCUGACUUAUGCAGAUUGUGUUUUAGCCAACUGGAAAUUAAAAGAUCUCACAGGAAAAAUGGAAAUUGGGAACAUGGAUUUGAUAUUCUCCUUUCCUGGUGGUGAGAGCUGCAGGGGAUUUUUCAUAGUGUCAUUACUGGUCGAGAUGGCUGCCAGUUCAGGCAUAAUGGGGGCUCUGGAGGUGAUGCAUGCUGUGAAAAUGUCCGACAUUAUCGCCAUACAGAAAGGUCUCGUAAAAGUAACUCAGUCUUUGAAGAAGAUGAAGGAAACUUUCAAACUCAUGCAUAAUUGUGUGGAUCCAACUGUGUUUCAUGGAACACUGAGAAUUUUUGUCUCAGGGUGGCGGGACAACCCCAUGCUUCCAAGGGGGCUGUUGUAUGAAGGUGUGAGCAAUGAGCCAAUGUUGUUAUCAGGCGGGAGUGCAGCACAGAGUUCAGCCAUUCAGUGUUUUGAUGCUUUGCUGUGCAUCCAUCAUGAGGAUGAGACAGGAGCCUUCCUGACACGCAUGAGGGAUUACAUGCCUCCUGCCCACCGUCAGCUGAUAGAAACUCUGUCUGUCUGUCCACCUCUGCGAGACUUCAUCCUGUCCCACUCCAGCUCUGAUCUCUGCCAGGCCUACAACUCCUGUGUCUCAGCCCUGGUGGAUUUACGGAGCUACCACCUCAAUACUGUGUCCAAGUAUGUCAUUGUGCCCGGCAAUCAAGCUCAAACCAUGGCCUGCCCACUCAUCGGUGUGGGCACUGCACUGAACGCCAAAGGGACUGGUGGAUCCAACCUAUUUGUCUUUCUCAAGAGCGUUCGUAACACCACCCAAAAAACACUGAUUUCAGAGAGGCCAUCUGUGUCAAAAGUGCAAAAUUUUUGAGGUUGUAUUUAUGAAAUAUCAAUUAAUAUCACUGCUAUAUUCUGAUCAAGAACUCUCUAUUGUAAUGUUUGGUUAAAGUUUAAACUCAGAUUAUAUUACAGGAAGUCUUGAGGACAGGAGUUUUUUUCCUAUGUUUUUACUUUGGAAGCCCAUUUUUGCCAGGGGAAAAAAAAUAGGUGAUAGUUACACUCAAGAGAAAUAAAAAUAUUUAUGGGUAGUUAAAAUAAAUAGAUAGUAAAUAGAUAAAUAGUCAAAAAAUAAUAAAUGAGAAUUAUAAACACAACAUUUUUGACUCUCUCAAACAAAAUGUUUUUUUAUGUCCUUUUUUUUGGCAGAAAUGGGCUUCCUUACAAAAACUAAAUUUACUGUACUUUUCUCUGUCAUGACACUUUAUAUAAUGAUAUGAUUGUAAAAACCUUUACAGACCAUACAGAGAGGAAUUGUCGUUAGUGGUGCAUUUUAUUUAUUCUGGUUUUACUUGUACUCAUGUA